GAUUUGUGGCGUCCGGUUGAUUUUUCCGUUAUUCGCUGCGUCGCUGCGUUCUCCUCGUUCGUUUUGUUCCUCCACGUUUUUGGCGUCGUCGUACGUUUACGUGUCCCGCUCUCACUCUCCAUCUCGCUCUCUCUCUUAAUCUCUCUCUCACUCUCACUCGGCUGGCGCGCGGCUCUCGCGCGUGCCCAAGUGUGUGUUGUGUGUGUGUGUGUGCGUAUUUGUUGGUUUGUUGGGGAGCAGCGCAGCGCAAUAGAAAACAUUAGUGAAUUUUUUUCGGGUGAAGCGCGCUGUGAAAAAUGCGUGCGCGCGUGUGUGUGUGCGUGUGCGAAAAUCAAUAUGAAAACAUGAAUAACAAAAGCUAAAGGAAACAAACGGCACAAAGGCACAGAAAAAAAUUUAAAAAAAAAAAGAGAAGAGAAGGAAAACAGUUAGCCAUAGCCAUUCCAGUGAGUGCAGCAGCAGCACAAGGAGAUUUCCAGCAGAGAUCCCAAAGCAGCAGCAGAAGCAGCAGGUUCCAGUUUCCAGCUUCCAGCGCAGGGCAGGUUCCCACUGUUCCACCGUUCCACACACACGAUGUCGCUGCAAACGAAAAGGCAGCACUGCUAUCUGUGCGACCUACCCCGCAUGCCCUGGGCCAUGAUCAAUGACUUCUCGGAGGCGGUGUGCCGCGGCUGCGUCAAUUACGAGGGCGCCGAUCGCAUCGAGGCGGUGCUGGACGCCGCCCGCCAAAUGAAGCGUCUCCAUCCCGCCAGCAAACAGCAGCGUUCCCAUGAGAACGGCGAAGUCUCUGCCGCCGCCGCUGCAGCGGUGGCUCUCCAGCAGCAGCAGCAGCAACAACAGUUACAAGUGGGCCCAGUUCCAGGACCAGGACCGGGUUCCCAUCGCAGCGGUGGUGGUGGUGGCGGCGGUGGGGGCGGUGUUAAUCCUCCUGGUGGUGGCGUUCCAGGACCCUCGGGUGCCGGCGGACCACUGGGUUCGCUGGGCAAUGCUGUGGCCGCCGCUGCUGCCGCCGCUGCCGUUCAUCAUCAUCAUCAGAUGCCCUAUCAAAUGCCCGUGCCCCGCAUUGGUCCGCCCCUGGAUUAUCCCGUUAAGCUGGAGGAUGCCCCCGGUGGCGGUGUGCGACCCGUACGCAUUUCCCACAUGACACCGCAUCACCUGCCGCCCAAUGCAACGCGCGGUGGCGGCGGCGGGGGCGGUGUGCCCACCGCAGGUGGUGGAGGACCCGGCAGCAAUUUACCGCCCGCCCUGUCCGUCAACCUAAAGCGACCGCCCAGCGAGGAUGUCGACGUGGAUGUUAGCCAGCAGCAGCAAUCGGGACACGGCUUGCCGCCAGAUGGCGUCUCCGGCGCCUCCGUUGUGGGGGGCGUGGCCGGCGGCGGUCCGCCCGGCAUUAAGCGCAGCGCCAUGGAGGAUCCAACGGGCGGGGGCGGUCGGCCGCCCUUGACGCGCGGCGAGUCCCUGCCCGCAGCGGUCAGCUAUGUGCCCGAGCGGCAGCUGAGCGGUCUCAGGGAUAAACAGCAGCCCGUCAGAGCGCCCAGCUUUGAUGCAUCGACCUUCAAAGCAGAGCACAUGUCCCCGGCCAGUCGACGCAAUGGAUCGAGCCCGCCCUCGGGACCGCUGCCCCCGCGCAGCGUACACUCGCCGAACAGUUCGGGUUCCUCAUCGGGACGUCGUUCAUCCGGAUCCCGUCACGUGUCCAGCACCACCGUUACCAGCUCCGAGGUGGGCGGCUCGAAUCCAGGCCAGGCGGUGGUGGCCGGCGGCCUUGGAGGCGGUGGCGGAGGAGGAGGACCCGGAUCGAAUUCCGCCAGCGGACCCCUUGGCGGACCGAACGGCGGCAGUGGCCAGCUGAGCUGCACCAGCGGCGGACCAGGCGGACCAGGUGCCAGCUCCGGAGGCGGCGGCAAUGGAGCCAUAGGGCCCGCCUCGAUGGCACCUAACUCGGUGGCCGGUGAUGGGAGUCCAGCCGGUGGCAAUGGGCCAUCCGGCAGCAAUGGCAGCGGCGGAUCCGUGAAUCCCGGUCCCGGCAGCAGUGGCAGUCAGGGUGGCGGCACACCGCUGGCCAGCGGCGGCGGAUCGGCGGGCAGCGGCGGUCUGGGCGGGGCUCCCGGCAGCAGUGCCGCUUCGAAUUCGGCAGCUGCGGCAGCGGCGGCUGCCGCCCAGAAUGCCACGCUCAAGUGCACCCUGUGCCAGGAGCGAUUGGAGGACACGCACUUCGUGCAGUGCCCCUCGGUGAACCACCACAAGUUCUGCUUUCCCUGCAGCCGCGAGAGCAUCAAGCGACAGAACGGUCUGGGCAACGAGGUGUACUGCCCCAGCGGCGAUCGCUGUCCGUUGGCCAACUCGGUGAUACCGUGGGCCUUCAUGCAGGGCGAGAUCACCACCAUUCUGGGCGAGGAGGUCAAGGUGAAGAAGGAGCGCGAGUCUUAAUGUCCAUUUUACUGUAAGAAGCUGCGCAGGGCUUUGGAGCACUUUUGAGAGGCGGAGGCGGAGGCGACCACUUCCAGGAUAAUAUCUGAAUAUCUGGCAUCUGGCAUCCAACUCUCGACACUCUCGGUUGGGUCACUUGGUUUAAGAUUGGGGGGAUAUUAAGGAGCAACCGAUUUUUUUGGCCACGGCGGCGGCAUCUCAACAGCAGCAGACAUGAAUAUAAUGCUCUGUUUUUUGUCCAUGACGACCGACCAAGCAACAACAACAACAACAACAGCAAAACCACAUUUUUGUAGGCCUAAGCAACAACAAAAAAAAAAUGAUAAUGAAAAAUGCAAUUUGUUACCAGCAAAAGAAGUUUAAGAAGAAAGUGAAAACACCAAAACGCUCGCAAGUGAGAAAAACAAAAAAUUGUAAGCGAAAGCGUUGAAACACACAUUUUCGUAGCAUACUUAUGGACGGGCGUUGGAGAAUUUGUCCAAAAAAAAAUAUAACACCAACCAACCAACAAGAAACUUCUACAAAAAUGCAUACGUAGCCAAGUGAAAAGAGAAAAAAGAAAGAUUUUCGAAUCGUCAAAAACCAGGGAGAGAAACUUGAAAUAUUUCUUAAUAACAAAAACAGUAAACUAAAAUCAACCUAAUUGUAGCAGAAGAAAGCGGCAAAUCACAAAAGGAAUAUACACUUGCUGGCAUUAGAUAUAUAAAAUCCUUUUUUUUAAUACGAUUAUGCAUAAAACCCUAUAUAUUAUACGAUAACUUAAAUUCUGUUAUGUAGGCGAGCGAUUAAUACAUAAGUUACAUUUAGUUUGUACUAAUUAAUUAAUUUAUUUCUAUACAUGUUGCCUAAUUUACAAUCUACAUUUUACCCUCCUUCCCUCACACUUACGUUUUUUUUUAAAUAUUAUUUUUAUUUUUAUAAAUACCUUUUUUUUUUGUAAGUUUAACUAAUUUAAAACAACACAAUGAAAAAAAGCGAAUGGAAAAGAAAGAGAGAAAAACAGUUAUUAUGCUAAAGAAAAUGUACAUACGUAUGCAUACCACAUAAUCGGAAUAUAAAUAUAUACAUAUAUUUAAUAAUAUAGAAAUAUAUUUGAUGUUGAACACGAAAUUGGCGGCAGACAACAAAAAAAAAAACUGGCAACACCCCAAAAACGGAGUUACAGUGGAAUUUUAAACGAGACUUUUUAAUCACAGCGAAUCCCAUUCGCUCUCUAAAAAUUUUAGCUACAUUUUUGUGUGUUUCAAACCAGGCAGCCGGCUCAUCUGGGCGAUAGAUAGCUCCAAUUGAGCAUCAGAUUGUAUCGGAUUGGCAAAUGUUUUUUAGCUAUAUGUAUUUAGGGUGUGUAUAGCCGGUGUCGCUGGGCAAGAACUGCUGAAAGAAACACACUCCGGACCAACCAAUCGAAAAAAAAAGCAAAACAAAUCUCGAAAUCGGUUUGGAAAUUGCCAGCAAUACAUCUUUUUGCAUGCGUCCAAAUGGUCGCGAUUUGGGACUGCCAAUUGUCCUUUUUGCAGUUGCAACUCAAAACUAAUUUACAAAUACUGUCUACUAGAGGGUUUUUUACUAGGCACGAAUGGAAAUCCAAAUGGAGAGCGAGUAUUGAUAUAAAGAAGGAAAAGAGUCGAGCGAAUCAGUCAUCAAAUGCAAUUUAUAUAUGCGAAAACACACAUGGGUAUAUAUAAAUAGAGGCACAUUGAGCCAGGCGUAUUCUUGCUAUUUACUUCAACGUUUAAGAGUUCGAUAAAUAAAACUUUUUGUUUGUUUUUUGAGUCUAUUAACGUAUUAUUUGGAUACGAUCUUUAUUUCACUUAUGGAUCCAAAUCAUAUUCCUUCCCAUUCAGUAGAACAAUCAAUUCUGUAUUUCAUUUGGGUAAAUUCGGUUUUCUGAUCAACAACUCAAUAGAAAAAUGGUUUCGAUAGCGAAAUGAUGCAUUAUUUCGAUAGAAGCAUUAAAUAAUCGGUGUUAUCGAUCGCACAAUAUUGUUAUAUAAAUGCAAAUCGUAGACUUCAUUUAAAUCAAUUUAGCGUCUUAUUUGAAGACGAUCAUUGUUUCAUUUUUAAAGUCACAAAACAUAUUCCUUUUCUGUUGAGUAGAACAAUCAAAUCUGUAUUUAAUUUGGGGGAAUUCGUUUUUCUGAUCAAGGACUAAUUGCAAUUUUGAUAGAGAAAUUGUGCACUAUUUCAAUACGAUCAAUCGGCGAUUAUUGAUUUCACAAAAAAGUUCGAUAAAUAAUAUAGAAGAUAUUGUUUAAGUCCAUAAGGUGCUUUAUAUAAUUCGAUUCUUUUUUUCCUUAUAAGUUCUGAAACACUAAAUUGGGUAAUUCGGCUUUCUAAUCAACAACUUAAUUGGAAAAUUAUAUCGAUAACGAAGCGUUGCAUUAUUUCGAUAGAAGCGUUGAUCGAUCGGCGAUUAUCGAUGACAUAAGAAGUGCGAUAAAUGAAAAUCAGAUUUUUUUAAAUCUAUUAAACGAGUUAUUUUUCUUGUCAUCUAUUUCCAAAACAUAUUCUAUUGAGUAGAACGUUUAAAUCUGUAUUCAUUUUGGAAGAGUUUGGUUUUCUGAUCUUCAACUUAGUUGGAAAAUGGUAUCGAUAGCGAAAUUUUGAAUUGUUUCGAUACGCACAUUCAUCAUCGGCGAUUAUCGGUGCCACAAAAAAGUUAGAUAAAUGAAAAUCGUAGAUUUUAAUUAAAUCUAUUAAGCGCAAUAUUUAAAGACGAUUAUGUAGUACCAAAACAUAUUUCUUCCUAUUGAGUAGAAGAAUUUGGUUCCCUAUCAACAACUUAAUUGGAAAAUGGUAUCGUUAGCGAAAUUUGGCACUAUUUCGAUAAAGGCAUUGAUCAUCGACGGUUAUCGAUAACUCAAAAUUUGCACAAAAUCGAUAGAAACGAAAAAGUAAGUGAAAAUGAAAACCAACUGAGCUUACAAAUGCAAAUCUAUAAUUCCCCGUUUGACAUAAUUUUUUAAAUCGAUCAUUCCUUUUCCUUCUCCCAUUAAUCAAACACUUUUUGAGUUCCCUUCCAGCGGAAGAGCAGUUGCAAGAAAAGCAAAAACAAAGAAAAAAAACACAUUUUGUGAUAUAGCCUAGCAAGAACAACAAGAAGAAGAGCAUGAAAUCCUGGAAAUCGGAAAUACGAAAAUGGAAAAUGCAUGAAACGCAAAGAAAAUAAGAAAAACUUAAAAGGCUCAGCACUUCGGCCAGAAUACGAUCUUACUUUCUUAAAAAUAAGAUUUGCAAUUGAAAAAAAAAAACAAAAAAAAAAGAAAACCAAUUUAUAAUGAAAUCAUA